AGAUGCGCGGCGGUGGUUUCUGCGUCCUUUGCUUGGAGCGCGCGGGCUCGGAUGCCCCGUGCUGGUGUCGGCAUCCCUGAUCCCGCUGCCUUGUUCCUGGCGUGUGUGUAACUGGGCAUCUUUGGAGGGAAGCAGAUGGAUCCGCUGCCGAAUCCGUCCCCCUUGGCCACGAGGCUGCGGAACACGCUUGUGCGCUACCACGGCAUUGCGGACGGAGAGUGGAGGGUGGCCAAGAAAACCAAAGAUGCAACUGUGUGGCGUAAACCAUCAGAAGAAUUCAGUGGAUACCUCUACAAAGCUCAAGGAGUGGUGGAAGAUGUUGCUAACAGAAUAGUGGAUCAUAUUCGCCCUGGACCUUACAGGCUAGACUGGGACAGCUUAAUGACUUCAAUGGACAUCUUGGAAACAUUUGAAGAGAACUGCUGUGUGAUGCGCUAUACAACUGCUGGCCAGCUCUGGAACAUCAUAGCACCAAGGGAGUUUGUUGAUUUCUCUUACACCACAAACUAUGCAGAUGGGCUUCUAACAUGUGGUAUAAGCCUCGACUACGAGGAGGUGAGGCCUAACUUUGUGCGUGGAUUCAAUCACCCUUGUGGCUGGUUCUGCGUCCCCCUCAAGGAUUGUCCCAGCCACAGCCUUUUGACAGGCUACAUUCAGACUGAACUGCGGGGGAUGCUGCCACAAUCUGCAGUAGACACUGCUAUGUCCAGUACCUUGGCCAAUUUCUACUCUGACCUCAAAAAGGCACUCAAAUCGUAGACAAACAGUGACUUAAAAGCCCGUGCAUUCCUUGCAAUCAGUUUAUUAUUAUUUAGUUUUUGAGGUGAUCCUUAGCAUACAUUCCCAAUGCAAGAUUCUUUCUGCUGCUCAACACUCUGCAGCUGUGUGAGAAAUAUCCUGAAUCCAUAAACCCCUGGCUUCCUCGGUAGAAAACACAAGAUGAGUGUGUGCUCUUGAAAAAUGCAGCAUGAACUCAGCUCUAUCCAACAGCAUAGGUGGCCAAGUGCUCAGGAUUUUGCUGGUGCAGGUUGCUGUACCGGCAGCAUCUUAUUGAAGAUGUAAUUUUGUUAUAUAUAUAGAUAGAUAUAGAUAUUAACAUUUUCAAUUUGUUUAGUUUGUACAGCUGCAUCUGUAUUUUUUUAAUUUGAUUUGAUUUAUUGUAAGAAUAUUAUAUAGCUAAGUUGUUAAAUGAUACUAUUCAUAAGAAAGCUCUUUGCACUUGUUAGCAAAAAUAAGUGUUCAUUGUUGGCAUUGAUGUUGUAACUGUAACUUACUGUUGUGUAUAAUAGUCUGAGUGCAUAGAUAAAGAAAUGCCCUUACAGCUGAUCCAAAGCUCAUUUAAGUCAUCAGUUGUCUUUCCAUAGUUUUUUUGUGGGCUUUUAAUCACACAGUUGUCAAAAUAGCAAACUUUCAGUGGAUCUUCAGUGAUACCCUGCACUUCUAAAGAAUUUUUUACUUAAAUUUGCAUGCAAUUGUUCGUGUGUGUGUGUGUGUGUGUGUGUUUGGUUUUGGGGCUGUGUGUGUGUGUGUGUUUCUUCCAUAACUGAAAAACCUGGUUUUUUUCAGAAUUUUUUAAGCAACAGAAAGAGCCAGUCAUUUUUUUGAUAUAUGGGCCUUGCUGUAGCCAACACAGACUGACAGCAGGCUGGUGCUGUGGAGUGUUCUGUGGUAUUACCCCUAGAUUACUCUUUGCAAUAAAUGAAAUUAACAUCUUUAAAUGUGAGCAACUGAAGGCCAAAGCUCAAGCUGCAGAAUUGCUCAGAUGUGCUAAAGGGUGGAGGGCCCUUUCUUAAGGUCCAAAUUUUUCAGGAUAUUCAGCAACCUAGUCAUUCUGACAGGUAUGUAGGAGGGGCACUCAAAAGAUUACUCUGUGCUGCUAGGAACCUGAAAUCUCUUUAAAACCCAAGAUUAGGCUUUUAAUGUUGGUAUGUGUCGUGCUCAGGUGAGAUUUUAAUUAUCCCUGUGCUUCACCAGUGCUCACAGGAGUGAGUUUAACUGUGUAGUAGUUAGGGAAGGUACCUUGAAGCCCUGAUAUUUUGGAGCCAGUUGUAUGCACAUAAUCCAAGGACUGGUAAUGAACUCUAAGAGAAAAAAAAUUCAGAUGAAAAUUUUUCCCCUACAACACUGGCUUUUUUGACACUGGCCACUGUAGCUGAACUCUGAACAGUGAGGACUUUUCUUUCUCAUUGCUCAGGCAAAAAGAGGUAGAAAACAGUGAGAGCUUUUCCAACGUGCUUCAUGUUUUAAAGACCGUUAAAAACAAUGCAUCAAGCAGCCUUUGGUGUCUUCAUAGGCAGAAAAUGUUAACUCCCUGUUGGGUUUUGUUUAUUCUGUAGUUCCCUUUACACUCCUUGGUGUAAAUGAGGUCUAGGCACUGCAGAAAAUUUUAAAAGGCCCCUGUUCCAAACACCCAUUUUAGGGGCUCUAACACUUCUAGAAUAUCUAUCCUUAUUUAGUAUUCAGUGAAAUGUCUUUUUAUGCUUUCAGUAAAGACAGGCUGGUGAAGCACAGAGCAGCUAAAGAAAGAAGAACUUGAGCUUAAAUAAAAGAAAAUUGCCAGUGUAUUUUAAGUGUGUUGAUGUUUUUAAUAAAAAUUUCAGUUCAGCUACAGAAUAAUACAGAACUAGAAGAAAGAUGUCUAAUUUCAUAGUCUGUUGUAUUUCUUUGAAACCAAAACUUAAAUUUGUUUUGUAUAGCUACAGGUGGAGAGGAGUGCUAGAUCUUGAAGCACAGGUUUUCUUUAACAAGAGUACAUCAGAACUGCAAGCCACAAAAUCAGAGCCUUUUCCCACCCUGGCAUUCUUUUCUUCCUAAGUUAGUGACAAUCUAGGUGGAGCCAAGGCAGUUAAAACAGGAAGGUAGUUUGAAAGGACAAAGUGCAGGAACCCAUGUUUUGCUUAUGCAGAAGUGGGAGACAAAGUAAAUUCUUUAGUAUAGAUUUCUGUCUCUUGAGUUUUAGAGCGUUUCAAUUAACCUGGAAUAUAGUUAUCCAGAAGCAACUUCUGAAUAAGGUGGCCAAGAAUAGCAGAGACCUGUUUUUUUAAGGGAAAUGACAUGUAUAUAGACACGUCAAAAUUAUUUUUAUAUGGCUAAUACUUUUUAAAGAAAUCUUAACUUUUUUAGGGAUUUGAGCAAUAUGAUGCUUUACUCUUUGGCACUUUACUAGGUGCUUUGUGUGUGUAUGGGAGAAGUGACUAAAGAUAAGACAAUUUUCUUGUUUGACUUCUGUUCCUCCUCUAAAACCUCCAGCAUUAAACCUUGCCUGUAGUUGUGCUCCUUAUUUUACAUAUGCAGAAGGUAGAGACUGGGCUAAGUACAAUUUGGGGGCAGUCCAAGGAACUCUACCACAGCUUGCUGGGAAGUGGACCACAACUUCGGAUAGAUACUAUCUGCACAGGCCCUGAUCACAAAUAUGAUGAAUUCAUGUAUGUGAAAUACAGUGUAUUUUGAAACAGGAGGCCAGGCCCAAAAGAGUUAACUAAGAAAUUUGGGCCUGCUAACAAGCUACUAACAUCCAAAACAAUCUGUGCUUGUUCUGUUCUACUUACUGGACCAAAACUUAAGAGAAUGGUAAAAGAACAUGUAAUAGGCCCAGAGGUAAUAAAUUAAGAUGCAGUAGGAUAAGGUAGACAUUUGAAUAGAAGAAACAGGCUGGAAGCCAAGGCUUUUUCCAAGCUUCAGUGAGCAGGUCGAGAACAUUGGAAAAGAAGAGAGGUCAAGCUGAGAAAGAUGAGAAUAGCCCCCAGACCCAUGGGAGGAAGAUCGGAACUACCACCAAAAUUGAAGGCCAAAAGAAGCACUACCCUAAGCCCCGCCUGAGCUCCACCUAUACUCUGCCUGUUAUUAAUAUGUAUAGAUAGAUGUUGUAAUCACUUGAAUAUACAUUUAAUCAUAUUUGAAAAUUGUAUAAAACCUGCUGAUUCUGUGUGAAGCCUUUGAGCAAGUUUUUUCCAGCAAUAGCUGGCUUGCUCCCAGCGCUGUCAAUAAAUACCUUUGCUGCUCAAAAAUCAAAA